CACCUUCGAUCCUAUAUCUGUUGAAGUUAAAAUAUCCCAGGCACAAGGUCGAUGUUCGGAUUUUGCCAAAGAAGUUCGGAUUUUGUCAGAGGUUCGAUUUUAUCAAAGAGGUUCGGAUUUUGUCAAAGAG